AUGAGGCAUGCUAGAGCUCGUAAUGUAAUUGAAAGGGCAUUUGAUUUGUUGAAUGGACGUUGGGGAAUUCUUAGAAGUUCUUCAUGGUACUCGGUUAAGGUUCAUAACAGGAUCAUUAGUGCUUGUUGCUUGAUUCAUAAUUUCAUUCGUAGAGAGAUGGAAGUGGAUCCCUUAGACAUUGAUAUAGAAGAACAAAUGGAGUAUCAACACGAGAAUAUUGAUGUUGUUGAAUCUUCGGAGGAGUGGACCACUUGGAGGGAUGAGUUGGCUCAAUCAAUGUGGAAUGCAAGAUUUAAUAAUUGA